CUUCCAUUCCCUCUUACCGUGUAUACAUACAUACAAAAACUAUACGUAUAUCGACGACUGAGUAUGCACAUGAGCAUUGACUUUAGACUUUUAAUUCUUGCCUCUUACACACACCAGAAGAAUGAAAACGAUAAAUGAUGAUGAUAAUAAUAAAGUUAUAUGAUCGUGUUUCUUACUUCAUGACAGACAGCAGCAUGAAAGCAACACGCGUCUCAAUUGCCGAUUCAAAUGCUGUUAGUAAAUGCAACGACUCUUCAUCCUCAAAACCCUAACUUUCGCUCACCAUCGUUCUCGUUAAACCACCACAAAUUUGCUCAAUCAUGAGCAAAUUCUUCAGUAAACGAAGGUUUCAUAUCUCUUCACCUGCUAAUCUGAUGCCUUCUUUUACUUCUAGCUCUAACAAUUCAUCAAAGUCGUCACCGUGUUCGUCAUCAUCGUCGCCGUGUGGUAAUCCGAUCAACGUAGGGUUUUAUUCGCCGCAGCCGAAGAAGAGGCUCACCAGACAGCGUAAGUUGCGUCGUGUGUCGGUGGAGUACUAUCGUGCGCCGGAGGAUGAUGACGGUGACGUGUCCAAAUCGUUGCCGAAUUCGCCGCAUCGGUUGCCGCAGCACUGGUCGUCGUCCGCCGUGCCGCAGCCGUUGCCGCUGCCUAAUGAUGAGUUGCGGUUUCCGGCUGAAGGAUAUAACGGAGGAAAUGGACGUUGUAGAUCUGAUCGAACCGGGAUGAAUUCCAAGAGUCGUGGUGUCCCAACAUCAUCAAAAACUUCAACUUACCGUCGCCGUAAAGGUUAUCCUGAAGAUGCGAAUGGUGAGAAAGUUCGUGAUGAUAUCACGUUGGAUGUUCCUGCUAGAAGCGCCCCAUCUACCACUUUCACUAGCCCUACACUUAGCCCCAAACGGUUCAGCACAGUCCAAAUAUUUGAUUCAGCAAUUGCAGGCAUUAAAGACUUUCAUUUGUCAUCACCUUCCGAUUCAUCAACACGACGUACUCAACUGCACAGUCCGCCGUUACAAAGCCCGUAUACGAACAGCAGGGCCGAUAGCAGCAUCAAUAACGUUCAUCCCCUUCCAUUACCACCACCUUCAAGACCCGGGACAACGCGUUCAAAUUUGGACAAAUCGGAUGGGCAGUCGAUAAAAGGUCAAUGGCAGAAAGGGAAACUGCUGGGGCGUGGUACUUAUGGUAGCGUAUACGAAGCAACUAAUCGUGAAACCGGGAGUUUGUGUGCAAUGAAGGUUGUUGAUAUCAUUCCUGAUGACCCGAAUUCAUCUGAAUGUAUAAGGCAGUUGGAGCAGGAAAUAAGAGUUCUUCGGAAUUUAGAGCAUCAAAACAUUGUACAAUAUUUGGGUUCAGAAGUUGUUGAGGACCAAUUUUGCAUAUAUUUGGAGUACGUUCACCCAGGGUCCAUAAAUAAAUAUGUUCGAGAACACUGUGGAGCUAUGACUGAAUCUGUCGUUAGAAACUUUACACGCCACAUUCUCUCAGGACUGGUUUACUUGCACAGCAAGAAGACAGUUCAUAGAGAUAUCAAAGGAGCAAAUUUGCUUGUUGAUCCAUCUGGUGUUGUGAAGCUUGCAGACUUUGGGUUGGCAAAACAUCUUUCUCCAUAUAUGACUGAUCUUUCUUUAAAGGGUAGUCCACAUUGGAUGGCUCCAGAGGUUUUCCAAGCGGUAUUGCGAAAAGAUGCGAAUCCGGAACAUACAUAUACCAUGGAUAUAUGGAGCUUGGGGUGUACAGUGAUUGAGAUGGUGACCGGGAAACCUCCAUGGAGCGAGUUCGAUGGGGUGCAAGCAAUGUUCAAUGUAUUGAAAAGAUCCCCAACUAUACCUGAAACACUAUCAUCAGAAGGGAAGGAUUUUCUAUAUCGUUGUUUGCAAAGAAAUCCAGAAAAACGACCGUCGGCUGCUUUCUUACUCGAGCAUCCCUUUGUGCGUCCUUCGUUUGAUCAGCAUCUUUCAUUUUGUAAGCAAGAAUUUUCUGGUCUGAAACUAAAUGGAAUACCUUAUAUCCCACGAGUUGUGAUGCAACACUCACCAUGCAAAUGGGCUAAACAUGGAAGGCUGCUGUUUCACUUUGGGACACAUAAACACACGAAUUCAGAGACUAAACGGGACCAUUCAUCAGCUGCCGCCCACCAUUCUCCCGCGUCAUCCCGUGAAGUUGUUCCAAGUGAGUUCAACUUUAGCACACAACAUCUUGGUGUACCAACUUGUGUUCCUUUUACAGGUGAGGGUAGAAGAACAUAUUCUCUUCCAACAACUCCGGGCAGGGAAAACGAUCGAUUGUAAAUUAACCGGUGUCGAAUUUGGUAUUCAUUAACUAAGUAGGAUUUAGGGUUAGUAAGGAUUAAGUAGAUAUUGAAUGGGGUUGUGCUUAGAGAUUCAUAAAUGAUGUAGGUGUAUCUUGAACAAGGAGAAUGUUGUAUGUGCUUAUAUUUGAAGAGCACUUUUAGUGUAUAUAUUGUGAUCCUUGACAUUUCAUUUGAUUCAA